AUGAAAAAAGGUGGUAACUAUAGUGGAGAAGCUCUGAAAUUUGAUUCAGUCGUGGGAUACACAUCACCUGCUGAAUUUGGAAUUUUGGAUGAGUCAGGACUUUCCUUGGCAGAAUAUUCAUUUUUCGGUUCAGUAUUAACAAUUGGGGGAAUAGUAGGUGCAGCUUCAUGUGGGAAGAUAGCAGACCUUGUUGGCCGCAGAGGUGCAAUUUGGGUUUCAAAUGCAUUAUACAUUGGAGGGUUGGUUGCAAUAGCAUUGUCAAAGAGUGCCUGGUCACUUGACCUUGGAAGAUUGUUAAUGGGAGUCGGAAUUGGAAUUCUUGCUUAUGUGGUACCGGUUUAUAUUGCAGAAAUUACACCCAAGAAUUUCAGGGGAGCAUUUGUCUCACUUUUUGUAGCCAUGACAGGCUGUGGCAUAUCAGUUACCUAUGUCAUUGGUUCUGUUUGUGACUGGCGCAUCUUGGCUCUACUUGGUACUAUUCCAUGUCUAAUUCAACUUCUUGGUGCCUUCUUCAUUUCAGAGUCUCCUAGAUGGCUGGCAAAAGUUGGUCGAGAAAAAGAGUUGGAAGUUGCUCUCAAGCUGCUCAGGGGAAAGAAUGCUGAUGUUUCUCAUGAAGCAGCUGAAAUCACUGAAUAUACCGAACACUUAGAUCAGCUAGCAGAAGAUGGAAUUAAAGAGUUGUUCCAGCAAAAAUACGCCUGUGUAGUUAUAGUUGGAGUUGGACUGAUGGCACUGCUACAGUUUGGAGGACUCAAUGGCUAUGCAUAUUAUAUGAACUCUACUUUAGAGUCAGCUGGUAUCUCGAGUGGUGUUGGGUCUGUAGCAGCAAGUGUUGUGCGGAUAAUAAUGAACAUUUGCGGUCUGUUCUUAGUUGAUAAAAGUGGAAGACGACCACUUUUCUUGGUUUCUUCAACUGGAGUGUGCUUGGGUUCAUUCAUUACAGGACUGUCCUUCCUGUUGCAGGGCUUUCAUUUGGGAAAAGAAAUCACUCCUUCAUUGGCACUUGCAGGCAUAUUGGUGUUCUUGAUCAUUUUGGCAGUAGGCGUGGGAGGGAUACCAUGGAUUAUAGUGGCAGAGAUAUUUCCUGUAAACAUAAAGGGUAGAGCUGGAAGCUUAGUAAACUUGGUCAGUUCCGUUGGGUCCUGGAUUGUUGCAUACACAUUUAACUUUUUGUUUGAGUGGAGCUCAGCCGGAGUAUUUUUCAUAUAUGCAAUCAUUGCCGGCUUGGGGGUUGUAUUUAUUGCCAAGUUGGUACCUGAGACGAAGGGGCGAACGCUUGAAGAGAUUCAAGCCUCAAUUUUUACCCAGUAAUUACCAUAUCAUGCUAAUUAUUUCAUUUUUAG